ACAGUUAAUAAGAGUAAUCUCAAUUUUAAAAACAUUUUCACAGCAAAUAGAUAUUUGAAACGAUGUCGUUUGGAUCUUCUCUGUUUUCUCCUCCGCCGCACGUCGUUUACCGUAACCGAAACAGAACCUCUCGUUUCAAGGUCACUGCAGCUAACAACGUUCCCGAUUUCCUUUCUGCUGAUUGGUUUGAAUCUCGCAAGAAAAAACCAAUUGGUCCAAGAUUAGAUUUCACUGCAGAAGAUGCUGUUCAUCAUCAACUUGAAGCUUUGAAGUACAAUGAUCAACCUCUUCAAGAUUAUGGAAUUGAAGUCAUGUACAGGUUUGCUGGAUUUGAUCCCUUUGAAAGAUCAACAUAUUUUGGUCCAUUCUUUGAUCUCGGUCAGUUUGAAAGAUUCAGACGUAUUUUUCACCAUUCUUCUUACCGAGUCUUAUUGGGUCACAAAGAAAGAAAGAUCAUGAGCAGUUUGUUUGUGGAGGAGAACAAAUAUAAGCAGCGGAUUUGGGUUCGAGGAAGUCGGCCAGAGGAAGAGGAGAUAUUUCAAUUUACAAUGGUUCAGAGGGUUGGUGGUUGCUGGGAUGGUUAUUGGCUAACUGAGUCUCUGCUUAACGACAGGGAUACAUUUUCUGGUGGGUUAGCAUAUUGAAAAACAUUCAAUGCAGGAAUCAGAUUCAUCAAGCUCCAUUGCCAAAACAUUAAGUGAUAUGCUAUUCUAAUCUGUAAAGUCUGUACAUAUAUAUAUACAGACCCCACAUUUGAGUAUGAAACUAUGCUGUAAUUAUGUGUAAAUGAAUGUAGGCUAUAAUUGGUCCUUGCUGAUCCAAUGUAAAGACUCUUGCACAUUUUACUUAAGUGUUGCAGGAGUUGGCAUGCAUUUGGUGCUUAUACUAAAAUGUGUAUAGCAUACUUGUGUGAGAUAAAAUAGAAUGAAGAGAAUUACUCUUUUAAUUGCAUGUAUUA